UUGCUGCAGAUCCUGCCUGUGCGGCGUUGGGAUGUGAGCCGGAUGGCAAAUGUGUGGUGGGUCAAGACGGAACGCGUUCCUGCCAGUGGGCCUCACCCUGUGGCGCCUGUCCCACUGGAGCCACCUGCAAGACCGUGCCUGCAGCAAGCAACAAUUCGGUGCCGGUGCCUUACUGCGCGUGCCCUGACGGCUACGGGAUGACCCCGACUGACUGUAUUCAGGGUGAAAAUUCAACUGUCUCUUCCAGUGGCAUGACAGUCAUCGGGAAUCGUACCGCCCAGGACAAGGCUUCUCGGCCCUACACCUUCCGCCUCAACCCAAAUGCCUGCACUCCAUUCCCUGAUGCAAUCGCCCGGACCUUCAGCACGCUUUAUACUAUCGCAAACAUCCCGGAUGCUCCGAGGUGUCCCAAGAUGAAUCUUUACGCAACUAAUAACUGCCAAGGCACUCCGACAGCCAGCUUCCCUACAAACACGCGGCCGCUUUUUGCAACCUAUGCACU